GUAAUGUACAAAUGUUACAUCCGGGGCUUCAGUAGUAUUUUGGCAUCUUGAGCAGCAAGGACACGAAAUGGCGGAUAAAGGACCACAUAAAGAGACCAUAGGCGACAAAGCCAGAGCCUGUGGGAAGUUCUUUUGCAACACAGAAGAUGGAACUGUAAUGGGUCGAGGAGCUAAAAGCUGGGCUGGAAUUGGUUUCUUCUACGUUAUCUACUACAUAUGUCUUUCUGGUUUCUUUGCUGCUGCCUUAGCCAUCUUCUAUCAGUUGGUUGAUGAUAAAGAACCACGACUAAUGGGAGCAGACAGUCUUCUCAAAGCUAAUCCAGCUUUGGGUUAUAGACCAAUGCCAGGGUUAAAAACAACAUUAGUAAGAUUUACUGCUGACCCUAAGUCAUACCAGACAUACAUAGACCAUUUGGAUACCUUCCUCAAACCAUACACUGGAAGCCAGGAUGGUGCCAUUGAUUGUCCAGGUGAUAAUUCUCCAAGACAUCCUAAUGCCCAUGAUAAAGCUUGUAAGUUUGACAUAAAUGAUUUAGGAGAUUGUAACCCCUCUGCUGACCCUAAGUAUGGAUAUGAUCAAGGAAAACCAUGUAUGCUUAUCAAGUUGAACAGGGUUUAUGGAUGGCAGCCUGAGGCCUAUUCGGAUACACUGAAUGAUACUGCUGCCCUUCCAGCAGCAAUUAAAGGCUUGUACAAAGAUUAUAUGGUCACAGUGAAAUGUUCAGGACAGAAUCCAGCUGAUGUUGAUAACCUUGGAGAUGUCAUGUAUCUGCCAUCUGGUGGACUUGCAUACAAGUAUUUUCCAUACAAGAACCAGGAAGGAUAUCUUUCUCCAAUAGUCAUGGUCAAAUUUAAGGCCCCUAAAGUCCAGACUCUACUUAUGAUUGAAUGUAGAGCUUAUGCCAGAAAUAUUAAAUAUGACAAGUUGGAAUUAGAUGGAGCUGUUCACUUUGAAAUGAUGGUAGAUAUUGGCCCAAGGAAUGUGUCCUCUGUGGGAAAAUAAUUAUAAAUAAAUUUAGGUACAAAUUGGGGGGAGGUUUGAAAACUAAAUUUGAGUCAUCUCUAUGGAAGAUAUUUUAAAGGAUUCAUUUAUAAAAACAGUAAUUGUAGAUUUAAAAAAAAGAAAAUGUAAAGGCUUUUACAAUAUGAGCAAGCUAAUAUAAAAAGUUAAAAAAAAAAAACAAAUUAAAUACUGAAUAAAGCUAGCUAUAGCAGAAGCUUUCAAUGAUUGGAAGGGGAGAAACAGUUAUUUUCUCACCAUUGUAAAAUUGUUUUCCUUUCCAUUUUAUUUUUCUAUAUAUUUAAUCAGAACCUUUUUGAAUUCGUUGGAAAUAUUUGUAAACAUCAGACUACUGUUAACUUUAUAAGAAGAAAUAUGAAGUAAUUUUUAUGAAUUGUUAAAAGAAAGUUAAAUGCUGUUUUUGUUGCAACAUAUUUUGGUAUCUAAUGGGUGCAGUAGUUAAUCAGUUAAACAAAUAUAUAUUUUGUCUUUGGUGUUGAUGAGCAACUAAUUUAUACAUAAAGAUUUUUGUUUAACUUAGACAUUCAUGCAAUCUAGAAUUUGUAAGCAAAUUAGAUAUACAAGUAAAUAUGAAAUCUUAGAAAAAUAAAAAAAUCUCCAUGCAAAUAUCUGUUAUCUGCAUUUUGAAUUUGUUGUAUUUAUAUUUUAUUAUGGGAAGUAUUUAUUAAGACUACUGUAAUUGAUGCUCAGCAAUGUAAUAUUCACACACACACACACAUAUAUGUACAUGUUAUGAUAAUGAUUCUAUACAUUCCAUGCGAGUGGAAUAGUUUUUGUAUGCAAUAGAAAUGUUGUAUGUAUUCUGUAGAUUCUAGAUAGUGUGAGGAUUGAAUCUAAACCAGACUUUUACGUGUUGUUCCGAAGCAUAAUCCAUUUGAAAAGUGAAAGAGCACUGAUAUCGUUAGCAAUUUAAUAGCAUUUAAUACUCAGUAUGAAAAAUGUAUUAAAUGAUUGGUUUUAAUCAGAAUCUCGAUUAGAUUUAAGAAAACAGUAUAUUUCAUAGUUUGAGAGAGAUUGUGUUUUACUUGUAAAUUCAUUAACAGUACAUUUACUGAUUCAUAUUUCCAAUAUGAGGUGAAACCCUGACCACUCAGGAAAGUAACUUUGAACAAAACCCAUUCCACAAAUGGAAGAGCUUAUAAAUUAAUCAGUGCAUUUAAUGAGACAACGAUUGAAAUGUAUUUACAGUAAACUGUUAAGUAAUUUUUAAACCGAAGAUUUGGCAGUUACAGCUGGUAAAAAAAUUAUGUGUAAGAAAUAAGAUGUUUUUAUAAUAUUGUUAACUUUUAUUUUUUUAUUUUUUUGCCUUGGAUAUAGUUUUUAUUAUAAAUGUAAAUAGUUAGCAUGUACAGAAAGGGGUUUGGAUUUGGAUUGUUUUGUUAAACAGGUUCUAGCUUGUUUAGCACAACACAUCUGAUUUUUAAACCUUUGUGUCAAUUAGAUUUUUAUAUAGUCAGCCUCCUAACAGAUUUCAGAAUUUUGUUUUGAGUGGAAUUUUUUAUGUUUAUGAAGUAUCUAGUCCUAUCAUUUAUUAUUGGUUUCAAGAAAAGAAUUUUAUUUUAAUGUAUAGUUCGUGAAAUUUUCCCUAAUUUUGUGUUUGUAUGUGUGCGGAAGUGUGUUAGUAUGUGUGUGGAUGUGUGUUAGUAGUCUGAUACAGUCAAUGAAGUACCCCGAAAAAAGUUUAAAAAAAAAAAGAAUUAAAAGUUUAUAAUAUAAAAAAAAGGAAGAUAAUGGUCAAAAUAGCUACAAGUAAUGAAUAUGUAAAUAUAUUAGAAAUCAAAGAUUACCAUCUUCUUUGAAUUAGUUACAUCAUAAAUAUAAAAAUAUGUUAAGCACUUGGUUCCUGACAUGUUCAUUACUUUAUAUCUAAUUUGACUGUUGUUUGAAAAAAAAAGAUGUGUUGAUUAUUAUCUAAAAUGAAAUUUUCAUGAACUAUACAUAUGCUUAAAUUUCAAACUCGGUUGACCAGUUAAUAAUAUUUAUAUUUCUUGCAAUCAUUAAUAUAAUAAUAGGACUUGAGUGCAAUAGUACAAAGUUUGUCCAAUUUUGAAAAGGACUUAUUUUAUUUUUCAUAUCAUUUACGAAUUGAAUUUUGAUCUGAAUAUAGCACAUAAGUUCAUGAUCAUCUGUCAUGAUUUCAUUCUGUUCACCAUUGUUUUACUUAAACUUCACUCAAUUGUCAUUGGUUGUAUUAGAAUUCAAAAUUUUAUGUUUAAUUAGCACAUUUUUUGUUUUUAAAUUUGUCCAAAUCUCAUUUUCAAAAAAAUUCCGAAAUUAAUGUGUUUCUAGUCUUAUUUUGAUUUUUGAUAAAGUAGGAUUCAAGUUGUAUUUUCUCAGGUGUUCACACAAGUGAGGCCAACAUUUUUUUAUUAAUGGGUUAAAAAGAUGGAGGACUUUCAUGAAAUCUCUUUCAUAUAUAAGUUUUUCAAAUUGCAUUUCAAUUCUUUUUUUUUUAUCAUGACUAAAUUAAAUUUCAAAAAGUGUAUAUAAAUGCCUUUUAUUCUUUCAAGAAUAAUUUUUAGUUGAUAGUUUAUAAACAGUUUGCAUAUUUUCAGUAUAGAUAUAUAUUAAAUUGUUUUUAAAGAUUGGGGUAUUACAUAUCUAAAAAUGAAAGAAUGUUGGCCUAAAUUAUAGUAUCAUACCUGUUAACCUUCCAAUAGCUGUUUAAGAUUGAACUUUCCAAUUCCAUCUCUUCUUUAGCGUAGACAGUGCAUUUUUCAUGACAGCUUCUCUUGAACAAAAGAAUUGUAUUUCUUAGUUUAAUAAAUAGAAAAUAGAAAUAAAGUGAUUAAAGCUGAAGAAUUUCAAUGUAAGAGAAAAUAAAUCAAAUGAUAUCAAUUUGAAUUUACUUUGCCAACUUUAAAUUUAUUUCAUGGUUUAAAAGAAGAACAUUUCUAAUAUCAAUGUUAUCAAAAACCAUACAUUAUGUUAUUUCACCUGACAAGAAUAAAAGGUCCUAUAAAAUAGUUUGCUUGAAUGAUAAAAACUUUUAGAGAAUGUUAAAGGAGAGAAAAAGGUGUUUGAGGGUGAUACUUCAAGGAGAUAUGGUUCCAUUUUGAAGUCUCCCUCAACAUUUGGGAUGGAUAACAGGUAUGCAGUAUGUCUGCUCCACAAAAUGCUUAACUUGUGAAUAUAUAUUGUCAGUUGUGGUAUGUUUAAAUCACUUUUUUAUUACAUGAAGUUUAACAAAUUAGAAAUACAAUAAAAACAUUAAAAAUGAA